CAGCACAAUACGAUCUUCUCAAAUUCAAUGAUGACCGCGACUAGAACACAGCAAGAGAUUGAACAAGAUGUCGCAAAUAUAGACCGCACGUUAUCAACGAUAUCAGAAACACGUUCCUCUUUGCAACAUUUUAUACGAACAAUCAAAAAGAAUCCAAAUGGUCCUACUUAUAUCCAUCAAUUCAGUGAAGGUCUCAACAAGAUUAAAAGAGAUCUGAAUCGCCAGUCAGUGGAAGUGGAAAACUUGAAAGUUGCUUUGGAAUAUGCUCAACAAGUGGCUCAAGUGAAUGCAUUUGAUUGGCCUGCUAUCAAAGAAAUUAUGAAUAAGGAAACCACCAACAAUGAAGGACAAGUUGAUACACAAGUUGAAACAAAAAAAGAAACCGGCAAUACAGUGAAAACUGAAGUGGAUCGUCUAUAUAGCGAAUUGUCUUCCAUCGUUUUGGAAAAGCAUCAAACCGGUUCAUCAAAAGAUCACGAUAAUGUUCCAAUCGAUUUUAUUACCUCUCAUUUCAGCCAAUGGAUGAAUUCGAACAAACAUCAACAUCAUCAUAUCAGCGGCAAAUUUCUGGAACAAGAGCAGUCGAUUACCACUGGUUCUACAUGUUGUUUACAGAUUUCUGUGCACAAGGUGCUAACUGCUACAAUGGAUUUGGAAUAUCAUUACCCAUCCGAUUCGCUGAUCAUUCACCGAUAUGAAAUCAAAGGUCCCAAGGAAAAUAAACCAUUUUGGAAAGAAUCAAAGUACAAUGUAUUUCAAAAGAUCACCCUGAUUGCUGCAAGAGCUUUCGAAGAUAUGACGUUACUAAGUGCAAGAGAAGCUCUUCUCGGUUUGCUGGAUUGGCUUUCAAGUUAUCAUCACUUAUUUACUGCUCCAUGUCAUCGCUGCCAAAAACGCCUUCAAUAUGAUUCACCACAAUACAAACAUCUACCACCAGUAAUACGAACUUGGGUUCAAAGGAAAAACGCCACUGAUAUACCUAUCACGUCAACAACUGUUACGACGCCGUUAUCGUCGCCAACGAAAAAUGAACCAACUACUGAUCAUCAAGGAAUCACAGGACUUCCUUACCAUAUUCGAUGUUUUAACACUACUGUUUGAACAUAUCCUUAGAUUCUAUUGUUGUUAUUGUUAUAAUUUGUAUGAUAUCCCUUACCUUCAUGUACAUUCAUUUUUAGUUUAUUUGUUGUUUUUUUUUAUGAUAAUAAAAAGGUUUUAUUAUACAUUGUA